CCUGCACAGGAGCACCGAUCACGCAGGAUAUUUGCUGAAAUCUUUCAAGUGGGUGGAGGGUGGGGUGUCUGCAGGUCCACGCAGCUGGAUGAAGAGCGUGGAAUGCGCGGCCCCGCUGCAGGUUGGAGUGGAAGAGACUCUGCUGCUGUCUGCAAGCUGUCUGACCCGCAGGAGAGAUGCGCUGCAUUCGGGUGCAAACUGCGCCAACGCUCUGAGAGUCUGCUGCUCAGAGACAGGACUCUGCUGCGUCACUUUCCUGUCCAGUUCAUUCGCUGAUGGCUUUGGAUUUGUUAUUCCUAUUAUCGGACAUGCUGUAUGCGAGCGGCAGAUUCUAGCGGAACGUUGGCCGGUGAGUUCUGCGUGUCCUUCUAGAAAAGGAGCAGACAUGUAUGCAGGACGCAAGAGGAGAAAACCCGUCCAGAGAGCAGUGAAACAGCCACCUGCUGAGGGAACCAAGUCAAAUCCAUCCAAACGGCACAGAGACCGGCUUAACGGCGAACUGGAGCAACUGGCCAGCCUGCUACCAUUUUCUGAGGAAGUCACUGCUAGUCUGGACAAACUAUCCAUCCUACGGCUGAGCGUCAGCUACCUACGAGCCAAGAACUUCUUUUCUGUUGCCCUGAGCAGUCAGAAGGGAGCCACUGGAGCCAGAGGGAACAUUGAGAAACCAGGAGGUGGAGAGAAGCAGGUGCGUGAAGGAGAGCUGCUGCUGCAGGCUCUCAGUGGGUUUGUCCUGGUCACUAGUGCAGAUGGAACCAUUUUCUAUUCAUCUCACACCAUCCAGGACUACUUGGGCUUCCAUCAGACUGAUGUCAUUCACCAGAGUGUGUAUGAGCUUGUCCAUACAGAGGACCAGCAGGAGCUGAGAAGAAACCUGCACUGGGCUUUGAAUCCUCCCCAGGCUGCAGCGUCUGCCAUGUCCCACGACUCCCCCCAAGAGAUGGAACUGGACAGCAGCUCUUUGGUCACCUACAACCCCAAGCAGCUUCCACCAGAGAACUCUUCAUUCUUAGAGAGGAAUUUUGUGUGUCGCUUCCGCUGCCUGCUAGAUAAUUCCUCUGGCUUCCUGGCUCUGAACAUCCAGGGCAGGCUCAAGUUUCUGCAUGGACAAAACCAGGAGCAAGAAAAUGGAGGGAAGGGCAUGACUCAACUUGCCCUUUUUGCCAUCGCGACUCCUCUGCAGCCUCCGUCCAUCCUGGAGAUCAGGACCAAAAACAUGAUUUUCAGGACUAAACACAAGCUGGAUUUUACACCCUUGGCCUGUGAUGCUAAAGGGAAAAUUGUUCUUGGGUACACUGAGGCUGAGCUACGAGUUCGAGGAUCUGGCUAUCAAUUCAUCCAUGCAGCUGAUAUGUUGUAUUGUGCUGAGAACCAUGUCAGAAUGAUAAAGACAGGAGAGAGUGGACUGACUGUGUUCAGGCUUCUCACCAAAGAGAAUCGCUGGAAAUGGGUCCAGGCCAAUGCCCGGCUGGUGUACAAGAACGGCAAACCAGACUACAUCAUCGCCACCCAGAGGCCGCUUCUUGAUGAAGAGGGAGGAGAACAUCUGCGUAAGCGCUCCAUGCAUCUCCCCUUUACCUUUGCCACAGGUGAGGCCUUACUGUACCAGUCCAACCACCCCAUCGCGGGCUUCAUCGAUGGAAGCCAGGAGAAAAACAGCAGCAAGUCCAAGAAAAGCCGAACUGAAAGGUUGGCAAGGGAUGGCUUGGAUCCUGGUUCUCUUCUUGGGGCUCUCAUGAGUCAGGACCAGUCUGUAUAUGUUUGCCAACCUGUUCUUGAACCCAAAACAGCCUUUCACAGCAGUUUUGUUGGAGAGCAGACACACUUCUCUGUCUCUGAAAUUUCAAGACAGAGCCAGAGCUGGGAUGUGCCUCAUAAUGGUGUUUUGGAGCCAGGCAUUUCAGAACCAAGCGCCAGCCUUGACCCAUUGCUAGCUACCCUAGAUUCUCUUACCCUGGAAGGUCACGGUGUGGUGGAUGCAGAGGAUGGGAGCUGUUCCAACAGUGAGCUGUUUGGAGCCUUGGAAGGACUGGGUCUUAGUGCUGAGGACCUGGAGCUGCUGCUCCUGGAUGAGCGAAUGAUCAGGGUGGAGAUGGAUUCUGACCAUGUGCCUACAUUGGAUGACCUGUUGACAAAUGACGAAAUCCUCUCAUAUAUCUACAACUGUAUUGAAGGUAGGGCUGUUUUCAUGGAACAUGGGAGACAGACACUUCCUAGAACAGCAGCAACAAUCCCUACCACAGUUUCGGCAUCAGAAAAUAAUCCCAGAUCUGGUGUUGAUCUGCAGAUGCAUUUUCCUCACUGUAAGCCCUGCCUGGUGGGACAGACUCCUAUUGUGCAGCUGUCACAGCAGAUGCAGCAGCACCUCAACAUGCGAAAAGGCAAACUUGGCCAUGAUUGGAGUCAGCAUACUAACCAGAUGACUAAUGGAGAACUGCUGGGGCAUAAUCCAGCCCUCCACAAUGGACACUGGACAGCUCAGGACACUCUCACCCAUGCAGGAUUGCAUCUCCAACACACAAACACUCAGCAUAUGGUUUUCAGCAACAAGGCCACAGAGCUGGAUGGGCAGUUUCUCCAGCAGCAAAUGCACCAACAACUCCAACAUUAUCAGCAGUCAAUAACACAGAGGCAGCUCUUCGAGCACUGCCAUGUCCAACAAAGGCCAAUCACUCUCAAUGGAAUGUGUGACGCCUUCUCCAACUGGUCCCCAACAAAACCCCAGUGGCAGGAUUUUGGUUUCACUGAAAGUCUUGGUAACGACCUCUGCCCAGGCAACAGCCAGAAACCUCAUGCAAUCACUUCUUUAGACUUGUGCACUAAUUACGGAGUGGUAGAAAUGCCAAAUGUGGAUUCCACUGUCAGUGGAAGUGCUUUGUAUGGGAAGGUUGGACAGCAAGAUGGAAGUGAGUUUACAGUUUCAUCUUUCCAGCAGCAGCAAGAAGAAGAGAUCACUGUCCCUUUUACUCAGUGCCCUCUCCCCAAAACAUCCCUGGAGCAGAUCGUGGGAGUUGGAAAACCCUGCAGUCAGCCAGACCACAGUGACAGAAUGAGCUCCGAAAUUGGCCACGACCCAAGUAACAAUAAGAUGAAAGGCUGCAUCCUGGACGCUUCCUAUCCUGGAGGCUGUGUCUUGCCCAACGACAAUGGAGCAGCGCCCCCUGCUGUCAAGGUGGCCAGUUCUGAGACUAUACAUCAAGUACCUGACUAACAAGCCAGCAGCUUCUACCUCUGACAAAGUCAUUAUCAUGUAGCAGGACAGAGUGAAGGAGAAGCACAGAGUAGCUGUAGCAGCCUUAUGCAUACAAAGAACACUAUUUUUUUCUGUUCUUCUAUUUGCUUUUUGUGUUUACCGUAAUCUUACUCAUAUUAUCACAAGUUUAUUGUUUACAGGCUGGAAGUGAAGAGUUUGUUAUGUUGAUGAGUUGAAAUGAGAAUGAUGUCAUGGUGAAUUUAGGAAUGUGUUCAAAUGUCAUUAACGUGAUUCACUAGUCGAUGCUGAAUAUCAGCUGACAUGUCACAACUCAACAAGUUCAAAUGAACAGAGGGAAAUCUGUUGUCAUAUUUUAAUUUCAGCAGAUUUUUUGUGUGCAUUUUCCUUGACGAGGCACAAAACUGAGAUUUGAUCAACUCAGAUGAUAGUUAAUAUCAAGAAUGUACAGUGAUAUCUAGAAAGACUAAAUUUAAAGAAACACCACUUCAAUAAGCUCCAGCCGUCCCCAAACUGUGCAGUAUUUGUUUUUCUACAACAGGAACAUGCCUCCAGAGCCGCUGUGGACCUGUGUUCACUUCUUCCUGUCCAUGUGGGAUGUACAGACUGUCACUUAUUUCUUGUUCCUCCUGGUAAAGAUGUUUCAAUCCAUCUAUUAUUGAAACAGUAUGAUACUUUAGAAAAAGAAGUCUACUUUGGGAGGCACAAGUACUGAUACUAAAAAGAGUCUCUUUUGAGUAAAUUUAACAGAAGCAUUUGGUCCUACCAUCACAAAUAUAAACAUGUACAGUUUUGUGAACUCUACUGAGACUUUAACGAGGACUGUGUCAGUCUAAGUUGGUUUAAAUUGAAGCAAAUUAUAAAUAUGUGGAAAAACUCCUGAGUCCCACUGUGAAGCAUGGUGGAGGACCCAUGUUGCUGUGUGCUGGUUUCACUGGUGGACUCUACCAGUAAACUGGUAAAACCUCAUCACUGGAUUUUUGAUCCACCUUUUCUGAGUCGGGCAUCACACAAAAGGUUCAACAGGCAAAAAUACCUUGUCAGUUGCCACCUCAGUUCUCAUAGCUAAACCUUGAUCUGAAGAGAAGAAAGCAUCAGAGAGGGCCAAGAGGGAGGGUCAAAGGUCGCUCUCUAAACACUCCAGCCUUGUGAAGCAUUAAAGGUGCAAAUUAAGUGUUCUGCAAGAUCCAGCAAUCAGUAUUAUUAGCAAGACAGUAACAGUUGAUCCACAGUGAAUUUGUUAAAAACAAUCAUUUCUUCACUAGCUGUUUGUUUCUCCAAAAAAUAAAUGAACUCACUGGAGAUUUUACAGGAUUUUCUUAUAGUGAGAUGAUGCUGCUGAAAUAUACCUCCAAUUUUACACAUCUUUACUAGCAUUACAACUUUAUAAAUCACUCAUAGCAGGGAAGUAUAUCUACCAUGAUGAUGGAACUUAGAUCUAUAAUCCUAGACGCUGCUCAGAUACAGAGGAUUCAUAUCAGUUGAUUAAGGUUUUCUAUGUAUUUGCAGGGUAACAUUGUUCCCUAGAAAUGCUGCUGAAUGUAGAAACUAGCAUCUGACAAAUUCAGAUAGGUUUCUGCCAUCUUCAUUCUAAACAAACCAUUCAAGAUAUUUAUCUGGUAAGCCCUUCCAUCACACGGUGAGAAUGUCAUGUUUUAGCAGUAAGAAUAUUCUCUAAAUUUUAGAAAUAUGGAUGGAGAAAAUGCUGAAUAGAAAUACUGAGCACUUUAUUUCAAGCGGUCACUAAAUGCAGAUGUUAUAAUGCUGAGUUUCUUUUGGAAAACAUCUGUUCCAGUGUUUUACUUUUCUUCUUCAGCGGUUGCAAUUAAAUCAGGUGAAAAUGUUCAGGUCCACAGUACUGAAGAGCCCUUAGAAAAUGGUAAGAUGUAAUAAACCAAAUAGUGAACAUAGAGUUGAUACCUUAUAUUUACAUCCACAGCAUAAAAAAGACAGAACCUUUUUCCCCCUGUGUCUGACAUUAAUCAGAUCAAAUGUUACUGUGUAGGUCAAUAAGGGUUACCAAAAUUACAUAUUUGCUAAAUGCCAGAAUUCUGAGAUCAUUUUUCUUUUAUUUUCUAAAACUUCCUGCAGUUUGAAUUACCCUUUGAACCCUAACUUGGGUCAAUGGUGUUGGGUUUCCUUUCAGAAACUUCUCACAACAGUUUUCUGGAGUUUUGG